UUCUCUCAUCACAUGCACACCUGCUUCCUCUUUAUUUCUCUCUCACACUUUCUCUUCUCUCUCUGUCCACUCAGUCUCUCUCUCCUCUUCUCUCUCAGUCUGCAUCCUGUAGCCCUGAAGUGCAGUCCUCUCUCUCUCUCCCUAUCACUCUCUCUCCAUCUCUCUCUCUGCACCACUUGGAGGAGGAGUCACUGACACACACACUCUCUUUCUCACACACAACCUCUCUCACACACAGUCUGUGUGACCAGCCCAGCCAGCAGCCAGCAGGCCCGUUUCAGAGCAGGGAAGCCCAGGAAAGACCUAUCCCAGGAUGGAUGUACUGAUGAAGGGGUUCAGCAUGGCCAAGGAGGGGGUGGUGGCCGCUGCGGAGAAGACCAAGGCUGGGGUGGAGGGGGCAGCCGCUAAGACCAAGGAGGGUGUCAUGUAUGUAGGUUCAAAGACAAAGGAGGGAAUGGACGCAGGGGUAAACAUAGUUGCUAACCGCGACCAGGCGAACAUCGUCGGGGACCCCACUGCUGGAGCUGACCUCUUACAGGGAGGCAUGGAGAAUACCGGACAAGCGGAGGAGCCUCAGCCUGUAUACGAGGCAGAAUAUGGAGGAAUGGAGCAGGGAGGAGAAGGAGGAGAAGGCGGUUACUAGUCAUUCCAGAGACCUCUUCUCCCCAGCCCUCCGUUGGUCCCUCACCCUGCUGUUCCAGACUUCCAGAUGUUCUAUUUUUUUUUGUGACUUUAUGGAAUAAAACCAGAUACAGACUCUUCCAGAUAACUCUAUACACCUCCUGAUAUCCCAUGAGACCCUCUUCUCCCCCCCCACACUGUGUUCUGCCCCGUGUAGCUCCCCGCCUUUGUGUUGUUGCUGUCAUGUUGUUACCCCUGGUGUUAUAUUCUCCCUCACACCUCCCAAUACCCUAUCAAGAGACCUGCACACACACACACACACACACACACACACACACACACACACACACACACACACACACACACACACACACACACACACACACACACACACACACACACACACACACACACACACACACACACACACACACAGGGUAGAUGUAAUCAGCCGGGUCACUAAGAUAGACGUCUGAAAAGGACCCAGGUGUGUGGAUAUAUGCCUUCGUUGGUGCUCAUCAAAAGAGAAGAAGAAGGACCUGGGCGUGACCUUGUUAUGCUCAGAGCGUGCGGUUCAGAUUACUACGCCACCCCUUGUUCCAGCAAGCCGCGGAAUCAAUGCGGCACAAAUAGACGUUCAUCCAAUAAUACGUCGAAAUCCGAAAGGAAACUCCAGACAGCAGAGAUGAUUAUCCAGGAUGACAGAACCACAGAGAGAUCAUAUCUGACUGUAGUGUGUGUGUGUGUGUGUGUGUGUGUGUGUGUGUGUGUGUGUGUGUGUGUGUGUGUGUGUGUGUGUGUGUGUGUGUGUGUGUGUGUGUGUGUGUGUGUGUGUGUGUGUGUGUGUGUGUGUGUGUGUGUUAGACUCGUCAGAUAGUAGGGCAGUUCAGGAGUGUUCUGUCCACGAGAGGCUGCUGUAGGGACCCGUGCAAUGAUCAGAGUGUGUGUGUGAGUGCAUUUGUUUGGGUAUGUUUGGGUAUGUGCGUGUUAGAGUGUGUUUGAGACAUGCCAGAAAGCAAUACAGGUGUUCUGUUAGUUAGUGUGUCCCUUGUUAGAAAUGACAUGAGAGGAAGAAAGUUCCUGCAAAGACUGGGAAUCACACAACAACAGAAGCUAUCAAUAUACGCAGUACUUUACAAUGGAUUUGGUCUAGCCUGGGUCUAGUCUGGGUCUAGCCUGGGUCUAGUCUGGGUCUAGUCUGGGUCUAGCCUGGGCGUAGUCUGGGUCUAGCCUGGGUGUAGUCUGGGUCUAGCCUGGGUGUAGUCUGGGUCUAGCCUGGGCCUAGUCUGGGUCUAGUUCUGCCCUGGGCGUAGUCUGGGUCUAGUUCUGCCCUGGGUGUAGUCUGGGUCUAGCCUGGGCCUAGUCUGGGUCUAGUUCUGCCCUGGGCGUAGUCUGGGUCUAGCCUGGGCGUAGUCUGGGUCUAGUUCUGCCCUGGGUGUAGUCUGGGUCUAGUUCUGCCCUGGGCGUAGUCUGGGUCUAGUUCUGCCCUGGGUGUAGUCUGGGUCUAGCCUGGGCCUAGUCUGGGUCUAGUUCUGCCCUGGGACUGCUGGCAGGGUUGGAAGGGAUGAAAGCAGAACGCGAUACCUGUGGAUCCUGAUGUUGUGAAGGGAAAAUUCCUUGUUAAAGUAAUACCACCGAGCAAUAGUCAGACAGACAGGGGGUUGUCAUAGUAACACCACCGAGCAAUAGUCAGACAGACAGGGGGUUGUCAUAGUAAUACCACCGAGCAAUAGUCAGACAGACAGGGGGUUGUCAUAGUAAUACCACCGAGCAAUAGUCAGACAGACAGGGGUUGUCAUAGUAACACCACCGAGCAAUAGUCAGACAGACAGGGGGUUGUCAUAGUAAUACCACCGAGCAAUAGUCAGACAGACAGGGGGUUGUCAUAGUAACACCACCGAGCAAUAGUCAGACAGACAGACAGGAGGUUGUCAUAGUAAUACCACCGAGCAAUAGUCAGACAGACAGGGGGUUGUCAUAGUAAUACCACCGAGCAAUAGUCAGACAGACAGGGGGUUGUCAUAGUAAUACCACCGAGCAAUAGU